GCCGAGGUUAAAACAACGUCAAUCCUUCCACGCUUCCACCAGCAUGGUCGAGCAACUACCUAUCGACUGUGUAACACUUUGUCUCCUUUUCAUUUCGAACACCGCCAUCCCACUUGGUUUCCCCUCUGUCUGAUCGCCGUGUCUUGCUAAGCUCAGGCAGCCGAUGCCAUCGAGCACAAGGUUCCCGCUGCAGCCAACCGCAGCUUGGUUUUUGCUGGAGUUGUCGGUUACAGUACCCAAAUCAAUAAACGAUGAUGGGAACCGGGUGCCUGUCCGUCUCAAGGAAGGAACGCUCUGUUGAGGAUGAAUUGAACGUCGUCGUCCUUCUCUCUCUGGGUCGGUUCACUUAUCACUGGCAUGUGCUCCUUGGGAGAACUCACUUUAGCGUUGCUUCACUGGCACAAGGCUACGCUCUCCUUUAUCGAACCCUCAUUUCUCUUUUCUCUCGAUUCGGGCCCAGUCUUGCUGUCACGUGCUAUCCAAAUUCACUACCUUGUUGUAUCACAGUAUCUAUAUAAGUCUCGUCGCGCGCGUCUUCUUUCUCUCUCCCUUCUCUCCUUCUCCACAGUUCGUUCGUUCUCUCGCGUCUUCUCUUUUCUUCUUUUCAUUGGAGUGGCUAUGUGAUCUCAUUUCCCUUUGCCCUGUUCAUAACUGAGGAAAGGCCAUGGCACAGCCCGAUAUCCCAGGCUUUGAUGCCAACUCGGUCUAUAUCGAUCUCACUUCUGAAGAUGAUGGUGAUACUGCCCCAGAAACCCACCUAUCGGCCCCGGUCUCCGUCCAUAUCAAGCAGGAAGAGGCCGAACCGAGCCUUUUUAGCCCUCUCCCAGAAGCUGAUCCUUCAGAUGACCUUGGCAUAUCACUUGAAAACAUCAACGCCUUGAGACAAUACAACGAGAACAAGGGAAACUUUUCCACCCCACAUGGAGAUGUCUCUGCCAAUGUCGCUUGGCCUACAGAUCAAGAUUUUGAGAGGCAGCUUUGGGAGGCUGCUCAUGAUCUCGACCCUGCCGCCGAGAAUGAGUUGGCGGUGGCCAACUUUGCUCGCCUCCGUGAAGAAUACGAGCAAAAGAAAUCAUUGGGAACCGCGACCAGAGUUGAUGACGUCCAAUUCGCAGCCGACGAAGCGGCAGAGCAGAGCCGUUUACGGGACUUUGCUAGGGGUCAGCUUGUUUUAGAAGCCUCGUCCCCAUAUCAGACAACGCUUCCACCUGGCUACGUCGAGGAGGAUUCCCUGUUCAUCCCCGAGGGACCGGGGACGCCGCCUGAAGAUGAGGUCCCAGCUGGUCGGUCAGUCCCAAGGGCCAAGAAUAGAAUCAACAAACAAGAACUAAGCGAGGCCAUGUCUGUUGGUAUCGAGGCAGGUUACUCAAAGAGCGGGAAGCCUAAAAGGAAGGCGGCCACUACAUCUGAUGGUCCACGGCCGAAAAAGCCGCGCACCCCGAAAACAUCGGCUGCAAGGAAACCAGCACAAAGGCGAAAGCGAACAGGGCCCAUGCUAACCAACCUAUCGUCGCUCGGCAGGAGUAAUGUGGUGUCUGACGCACAGGCCAAUGUUUUCAAGCCAGACAUGCCUACCUUUACCGCUCGCGAUAAGAACAAAGCCCUUUCGCAGUUGAUUGCCAGUAUUCCAUCCGCCGACCGAGCUUCCAGCGGCGGGGAUAGGAAGGCAAUAAUAGCUGCCACGAAAAAAUUCAAUGGCAUUGGCGCCGUUAGAGCGGAUGGACAAGGCGGUUGGAGACAUAAAGACAUGGAAUCGUCGCUGUAUCAUCAUCAGCUUCUCGGUGUGGCCUUUAUGCGUGAUCGCGAAAAGUCAGAUACCAAACCCAAGGGCGGGAUGCUUUGUGACGAGAUGGGCUUCGGAAAGACUAUACAGAUGAUUGCCAACAUUCUGGACGGAAAGCCCGAUGCAAACAGCCCGUGCAAGACGACACUGAUUGUUUGCCCGCCAUCUUUACUGCCCCAGUGGAUGUUGGAGAUGGACAAGCACGUCAAAGGCGCCAGGCUCGGUCGUAUCAUUCGAUACCACUCUGGAGCACGUCUUCUUAGCAACGACGUUGUUGCCGACCUAUCUGCCUAUGACAUAAUCCUUACCUCCUACGCCGAGGUGCAAAAGAGCUAUCCGAUCGCAGAGGCGCCAAAACACCUAUCGAGCGAGGCCAGGAAGAACGAAUGGUGGGACAAAUUUUACAACGAAAACGUCGGACCUUUGCACCGAAUCAAAUUCCAUCGGAUUGUGCUGGACGAAGCCCAUCAAAUCAAGAACCACUUGUCCAGGACUUCUCGUGCCAUUCGCGCCCUCACAGGUGUUUACAGAUGGUGUAUCACCGGCACCCCUGUCCUCAACUACAUUGAGGAGCUGUUCCCGUACUUCCACUUCCUAAGAGUCCCACACACAGGUGACUAUGCCACGUUUUGCAACAACUUUUGCAACAACCGGACAGGUCGAGAGCCCAUCAAUAUGGGAAGAAUACACAACAUCCUCCGCGCGAUUAUGCUGAGAAGGACGCAUGUUGACACGCUGUUCAAUGCUCCCAUCGUCAAACUUCCGGGCAUCACCCAUACAACGCAUCUAGUUGAAUUCAACGAGGUCGAAAGAGCCAUCUACAAAAUGGUCAAGAGCAGAUACAUAGCUCAGAUCAACAAGUACUCGCGGGCAGGCGAACUCAGUCCAAAUUAUCGAAGCAUAUUUGGGAUGAUGCUGCGGCUCAGGAUGCUGUGCUCCCACAUCUUGCUCUGCCAGGGCGUGCUAAAGCAGAUGUUUGAUGCGUCAGACAUUGAAACACUAUGGCGGUUAACUGCCAGAGAGGUCCAAGCAUCCAGUGACGAGACUCAAAUCAACACUAUCGAGGCACUGCGAAGAAUGUUACAGAAGAAAGACAAUACGUUGGUGACAUCUCAGACCCAAGCCACAGGAGCAGAAGAAACUGUGACAGCCAUCCCAGAAUCCAGCCAAGACGCCGACAAUUCUGAGAAUACAACAGGAAAUUUUGCCCUCUCAUUCAAGUUCCGCAAAUUCCUGCGCUCGCUAAGCGAAUCAAAGACCUGGACUGAACUACACCUGCGGUCAACAUGUGGCAAGUGUCUUCUUCCACCGGAUGAUCCGAUCUGCACGUCUUGCCUCCAUGUAUACUGCAAAGAAUGCAUCAACGCCAUGGAGUACGAGCGACAGGAGCGCGGCGAAGAGAAAUGCGCCUGCCUCACAUGUGGUGUGAACUUUGAAGAAACAUCACCUUGCUUGGGCUUACAGGAACUCGGUUUCAACGGCGAGGAAGUGAGCAAAAAGGUUGAAAAGGCCAAAAGGAAGCGCGCUAGACGCUCGAGCAGCUCCCUCGGCCCCAGCCAGAGCGAAAGUGGUACCAGACGCAAUAGCAUUCGUGGCAUCACGGACAGUGACGACGAGAGCGACGAAGAAGAGAAAGAUCCGGACUGGAUCGAAUUAAUGGGAAGCACAGUAUUGCCCUCCGCGAAGCUCACCGCAACCAAAGCCGCAAUCCUCAACUGGCAGCAAACCUCUAAAGGCGAAAAGAUCGUCAUCUACACUCAGUUUCUGGGUCUGUGCAGAAUCCUGGACAAGAUCUGCAACGCCGAGGGAUGGGGCCAUGUUCUUUUUCACGGCAAGAUGACGCUCGAGGCACGCGAAAAGGCCAUCGAGAAGUUCGACCAUGACCCCAAUGUCAACAUCAUGAUAUGCAGUCUUAAAGCCGGCGGCGUUGGACUCAACCUCACCAUGGCGUCCAAAGUCAUCAUUUUGGACUUAUGGUUCAAUUCAUCAAUCGAGGCCCAGGCCUACUGCCGCACAUUCCGUAUCGGGCAGACCCGUCCAGUCGAAGUUCUGCGUUUCGUCGUCAAAGACAGCAUUGACGAAGACCUUAUCAAGAUGCAAGACCGUAAGGAUAUCGAAGUCACUGCCGCUAUCGGACCUGAGAAUCUAGGCAAACGAGCUACCAUCCAGCAGCUCCUCGAACUAUUUGGUGAGAUCAGAGAAGAAGGCCAAAAUGAAUUCAUUUUGGUUGAGGACCAGGAUCAAGACGGCGAAGAUGAUCCGAAUACUCCAAUGGCGGGAAGACUGCCUCCUCGUCCUUUUUAGUGGAGCGCCUUUCAUGCCUUCUGUCCUCGCGCAGGAUUCGGUCUAUGCCGCGCGGUCAUAUCAUCUCCUCAACUUAACUCCGAAUGCCCGUCCUGUCAACUUCGCCCGCUUCCGGUACUUCACGAUCGCACACAAUUUCUUCGCUCUGGGGGCCUUCAAUAGCAUUUCCUGUGAACAGAAUAAGCACAUUCAUGAUAGCUGCUACUUCAUUCCCUGGAGACGACCAACGAACGGAUUGGAGCCGCGGAGAGAUGGGCGGCACUGCGAGCUGUAUGUACCCAUGCAUGAAUCAGAAACGGGUGCUACUUUGAAUCCAGAAUCCAGACCCCCAUCGUCCGAACUGGACGAGGCACAUCUGUCCGCACACACAGAAAUACACCCUUCUCUUUCUGCUUCCAAGCUAGGCAGUCUUGCGGCCAUGGUAGCGAGGUACGUACAUAGGGUAGUUCCAUAGCCAAAAAUACUGUACAGAUUAAUCCAACGUGUUUCUGAAGAGAGAAAGGCCAAGUCAAUAGAUUGCAGUCCCAAUUUCUAGUGCUACUGCCUGCUCCUGCUAUUGAAUAUUUAGCAUUUCAAUCUGCA